CUCACCUUAAAACAAAAUUUCUUAAGCUACUUAUAUCAAGGUUUCGCGACCCUGUACAAAUCCAAAGCCACCACCAAACACGAGAUCUCGACUCUUGUUGUAACUCGGCCUAGAUUCCCCUAGAACAUUCUGCUGGCUUACAUUAUUCUACCAGAGUCAAUAACCGCUCCACACCAAUCUAAACAUUAACCACUGAAAAUGCAACAACAACAGAAUGGACGAGUUUCAAUUCCAUUAAGUGAAAAAUAGAUAAGUAAAUAAGAUAAGAUAUGCAGUCAGCUGAGGCAACAUGAAGGGGAAACGGGCACAAUUAAACUCCCUUUUGAAAUUAUAAAUACUUAGAAAAUAUUUAUUUAUAUUAAUAAACGAUCAUAUUGAGAGUUAUGUAUAAAUUUUAGAUGAUUGUUAUUUGUACUUAAAUCUGCUUUAUGUAACAGGCAGACUAGAGCAGUUGCGACACAAUGCCCAGGCAGGUUGACGUAGUAGGGCAGAUGAGAUCUCAGGGAAGCUGGGAGCAUUGUGCAUUAUCACCGUGACUGUACGAACACCAAGCAAUGGCUCUCUCGUCUCUGGUGUCCUCAGGGGUGCUGCUGAGGGGGCUCUGCAGGCUGACACUUCCUCGGCUGUCUGCUGUGGCACCUUCCAGAGUGCCCUUUUGUGCCUCCACCGCCGCCAGGGCUCAGAAGGAAUGGAUUGAAGUGACCUACCAGAAGGCUGAUGGAACCUCUUAUACUGUGCAGGGCAAAGAGGGGGACAACCUCCUUGAUGUUGCAAUUAAUAAUGACCUUGACCUUGAUGGCUUUGGUGCAUGUGAAGGUACCCUGGCAUGUUCCACAUGUCACUUGGUCUUCAAGAAGGAAGACUUCGACAACAUAGAAGAAAUGUGUACAGAUGAAGAAUUAGACAUGCUGGACUUGGCAUAUGGUCUAACAGAUGAGGACGUGUCUCUCUCUUUGUCUGGCUCUGGCUUCCUGGGAGUUUACCAGCUAGGGGCUCUAGAAUGUCUACAUCAUCACACACCCAAACUUGUUCAGAAUGCCAGUGUAGCAGGAGCUUCUGCAGGGGCUCUUCUUGCAGCCUGCAUAGCGUGUGGUGUUCCACUAGGGAUUGUUAAGUCAAGCUUUAUUGAGACUGCAAUAGCUGCUCAGCUUUGGACAAUGGGCCCAUUUAACCCAAAUUUCAAGGUUGAAGAUUUUGUAAAAUCAGGCCUUGAAGCUUUGCCUCAUGAUGCUCAUUUACGAGCAAAUGGAAGAUUGUUCAUAUCUGUCACAAGAGUAAAAGAUCUAAAGAAUGAGAUUGUGUCACACUGGGAUUCAAGAGAGGACUUGAUACAGUGUCUGUUAUGUUCUUGCUUCCUGCCCAUUUUCUCUGGAGUAAUAUUUCCUGUAUUUAGAGGAGAGAAGUAUAUUGAUGGAGGCUUUACCAAUAACCUUCCUAUAGUGCAAAUGCCCACUAUAACUAUAAGCCCCUUUGAAGGUAUUGUAGACAUAUGUCCAAAGAGUGUAAAAAGCAAACCUCGGUAUGUGAAAAUAGCAAAUGAGGAGCUUGCUUUGACAAUGACCAACAUAUCUAGGUUUGUGAGAGCUUUGUUUCCACCCACUGUUGAGGGCUUGGAAAGUUUACAUCAUGCAGGAUAUAAUGAUGCUUAUAACUUUAUCAGGAAAAAAAAAAAUCUCAGUUAGACUUAUGUUAUCACAAAAAAAAUUCUUAGUUACACUUAUGUCUUGGCUGAUGUGCUAUAUGUAAUACAGCAUUUGUACUUGGAGUUAAGAAUCAAAUUCAUACAUGAAUACUGUAUAAAAGUCUAGCAUGUAAAUGUGUGGCACUAAGUAUGUCCAAAUAAUGAAAAUGUCAAGUUUAUUUUUCAGACAUUAUACAUUGACCAAGAGAGGAGCAGGAAUAGAAAAGGUAUUUUGAAGAGUUCAUAAUGUUUUUUUUACUACUUGUCUGCAUCUUUAUUUUGCAAGUUGAUAAACAAGAGGGAAAGGUAAUUGUGAAUAUUGUAGGAAGUGUUUUACAAAUCCCCUAUGAAUUUUGUUGAAGUAUUUUAGAUAUUGUUUAAUGACAUUUUUGUUAAAAUACUAUACAGUUAACCUUUAACCCUACCUUACUUUAUUAGAUUAAGUGAAAGAACUGUUAAAAAGUCUUCCAGAUGUUCCCCCCAAAACGUUGUAUUUUGCUGUAGUCUUGGUUUGGAUUUUACCUUGAUAUGCCUGCAGCACCUUGGACCUGUGACUGGUGCACUUCCUUGUUAGAUCAGCAAUGUGUGUACAGUGGUAAACACAGUAUCAGUACAAGUGCAGUGAAUUUACAGUGGAUGUAAUUUGCUGUGAAUCAGUUCUUUUGCAAAUGUUAUUCAUAGGUCUUCACCAAGCAGAUGUAUUCUUAUUAAAUAUGCAACAUGUUCAAUUUGUUAAAUACAGUUACUUGUUGGUGUGAUUCACUGCUGACUGGACCUGUAGUGGUUUACAGAAUGAUGAAAUAGUACACCUACAGUACUGUGCUUGACAUUGACUAAUAAAUUAAUUAUUCCAAUUUAGUUGUGGCUGACCAAUUUGUUAUAAAAUUUUGCUUAAUCCUAAAGCGGGACCUAAAAUUGCGCUAAUGUAUAAUGCUGCCUACACAAAGUGGCAUAGUAGUAGGAGCUUCUGAGCCUGCCAAGCAAACCCCAAUCAUCUGUUGUCUUGCUGGUGUUCUGUCCUGCUUGACCCAUACUGCUGCCCCUCUUUGAGUCCCCCUGUGUUGUCAAUAUGGGCAAGGAGGAGGAUUUAAGUGCCCAGGCCAGUGCCUAGGUCAUUGCCCUAAAGGAAUCUGGUCUCCAAACAAAGGCAGUCUCUGAACAGAUCAGCAUGUGUCCAAGGAGUGUCUGGUGGUGGUAAGUAGCAAGAGGUACUAUGGUGAUGAAUCCAAUUUUACUGUCACAGAUCUAGAUCUGGCAGUGACUUUCUUGACUCUCCCAUACAUCCAGAUUGAGUGCAAAACACACCAGUAAGACAACAGAUGAUUGGGCUUUGCUUGGUGGGCUCAGAAGUUCAUAGUACUGCGCCACUUUGUGUAGGUGGCGUAAUGCAUUGGCACAAUUUUAGGUCUGUCUUAUACUGAAUUGGUUGGCCACACCCAGGGCAGAGUAAUUCAGUGUCAAGCACUGUAGAUGUACAUUCAGGGAUAUGCAGGACACUGUGUACUAUAUCAAAGGACAGGCAAGUCACUCAACACUGUCCUAAGGUUUACUGUGAUUUAGUGGAGGUUGAAAGUUUGUUAAUAUUUUCAUUGUUACUAGUAGGCACUGAGUUUGCUUAAAUCCAGAAAUGCUUGUAGAUCUACUUCACUAGGCAGUCUGAAGAGUUGCCAUAUUUUGUUCCCCUGAUCAGUACUAUUUCAACUUGGAUAUGUAAAUGUGGUUUUAUACUUGGACAACACAUGCAAUUGUAAAUUUUAAUCAAAUUUUACUUUGAUAAUGUUCUCAAGAUUCUUGAGGAACACUGCAGGUGAAAUUUAUGAUGGAUGGAUUGAAAGGUACAGUUACCAGGACAUAAUUUGAAUCUUCAGACUUUCAGAACUGCAUACAUAUUUUUAUAUUAAUUUUUGUUUACUUAUAUAUUUUGGUUUUCUCAUAGUUUUCAGAAGGGAUGAUUGGUCAAAACUGAUGACAGCUUUACUCUAUUGAAAAUAACAUUUAACAAAUAUUUCUAAUCUGUUAAACACUGCUUCUAUUUAGUACAGAAGCAUACAUCUUAAAUGAAACAAUUUUCUUCUCAAAUUUCUUAGGUAAAUAAAAAGAAAAUUAAUUACCUGAUAAUUAUGCUGUGGACAAUGAUCCUUAUUUCAUAGCAUCCAGGGUUGACAAAAGGUUCCACUGGCAAGGAAAAAGAGAUCUUUUCUUUCUUUUCAAUUGUCCUGGUGAUCCUGGUGUGUCUAUGAGGCAAUCACAUGGUCUCCUCUGUCAUCAGUGAUGAGGGCUGAUCCAUCAACCACAUCAUGUCAGCGUUAGCAUUGCCACACCACUUCCUCAUGGAGGAAGUGGAAGAUGUCUCAGUUCCUGCUAAAGUCAUGUGCUGUUUGAAGAGAAGUGGCUCACAAUGACUUAAGACAUAUAUUAUAUUUAAAUCGAACUAAUGCAGUGAGUUAUGCAUCCGAGAAAAUACAAAUGAGCUAGUGAAACUCAGUAAUUGAUUAAUUGCAAAGCUGUAAUUCCUUGCCUUUUCAUAUAUCCUUGUUCCACUGGACUAAUAUUAAGAGAACUGGGUCAGACACAGUAAUCUGAAUAUUGAGUAAAUCUUCAUUUACAAAAUAUGGUUAGGCUUUAAGAUAUAUUUUAAUUAAUGAUCCUUUAUCCUAUUACAACAACAAUGACAUACCAAUAUUAAUAAAAGAUGUUGGAAUAUUAAGGUGGAUUUGAAAAAACAAAAGCCAUCAUGCUAAGCAUAACAGACUGAUUUUCAAUGUAUUGCUACUACUACUACUACUACUACUACUACUACUACUACUACUACUACUACUACUACUACUACUACUACUACUACUACUACUACUACUAGGUAUUGGAGCCAGACUGGUUGCUUUCAUAUUCUGUAGCCAAGUUUUGCAGAAUAUUGCUAUUACAUUCCCUGCUCCUUAUUAAAGGUACCCUAAAGGACAGAAUAAAGUGACUGGGAAUCCUCUCUUUGAUCUUUGUCCCAUAAUGAGACAUUCAUAUUAAUUGUUUGAUAUCUAGGUAACUGCACAAAGUCCUGACUGAUAUAGUAUUUUUAUUGCAAUUAGCUAUUGGACAACUGUAUUUAUGUAUAAUGAAUACAGAAAGAUGAAAAUACAUGAAACACUCAACAACAGUAAGGUAAGUGGUAGAAUGUAUAGUGUACUACCAGUUAUUAUUACCAAUGUGACUGUAUAUAAAAUGUGUAAGGAUAUUGUUUCCUUUGUGAUUAAAAGGUGUGGUUACACACUUGGGUCAGGUGGGGGGGGGGGGAAUACUACUACCAUAUUCCCUGUCCAUUGUAAGAGGCAACUAAAACAGGCAGAGCAAGGGGACUGGGAACUCCCUCCUCUGUAUUUUGAUUCUUACAAUGAGAGAAGAUGUAACAUGUUAUCUGGGUCACCUCCCUUUAAGGGGGAUCUCAGCCUGAUGUAUAUAAAAAAAUAUGCAUAUAUAUAGUAUUGUGGUUCCAAAUGCACAUGUAUUCUCCCUCCAUCCAUUGAUGCAUAGCUUUACUAAUUUUGAUGCCGACCCAUCCCUUUGUCUUUCUCCUUCUCUGCAGGUCGCGUUUGGGGUGUCAGGUGUGUUUGAACAAGAAAUUGAAUGGCAUUACGGUCAAGGUUCCUGAAGGUGUAGCAGAUGCUCGCACAGCAUAAUGAACUGAAUGCACCAGUACUUCAACAGAGAAGUUUAUUUUAUAUUUCAAGUGAAAAUUGCAUGUGAAAAGAUGGUAUUAUCUCUUUAUAUUUAACAGACUCUAUAUAUUUGUGUAUUUAUAAAUCAACAGACAAAUGCAUUUAAUUUCAUUCUAGUUUUUAAAAUUCCCAUGCCAGUGGGUGAUUGUGGAGACAGGGGGAAAAUGCAUACAAGAGAAAAAGUGUUUAAAAGAUAAUGAAUCAUUCCCCCCUGCUGAGCAUUAAGUUUAUUGUGUCAGAUUUAUUUAAUCAGAAGUGCAAUAUCAUGAUAUGAGUUUUACCAGAAGGAAUGCUUGCUCAUAUAGAGUUUAUGAAAAUAUAACAUUUCUGAGGAUCAGAUAGCAAAAAUUGUGUUUUGUUUCAUGACAGUUCAAUUUUUGUUGUUCCAGUGUUGUACGAGUAUAUAUAUAUAUAUAUAUAUGAAUUUCAUAGUGAAUCAAAUUAUUUAAGGGAAAAAGAAAAAAAAUGUGAUAUCAUAUGAUUACUUAGAACACCAUUUUUUGUAAAUAUAUUAACAAGAUUUCCCAUUAUAGGACCAUGCCCUCCAAGAUGAUCCCUAUCACUUAAUUAAGUAAAAUCUCAGGUAUUUUUACACAAACUCUCCCAAACAUGUGACUGGCUGACAUGCAUCAAACCACUCUUGACUGGAUUCAUACAUGUGAGGAGACAUAUCAUUGAUCUGUAUGUGAAAUAUUGCUUUGCUACACAAUAACCAGAUUUGAGUAAUGCAUAAGCUUGGGAUGAUCAGUCAACUUGGAUAUUAUUAUCAUAAGGAGUGAGAGUUCACUGUAAUAACAUCAAGGCAUCAGGUAUUUAUGCAUGAGACAAUUUGUCUGUUACAUAUUUGCAGGAUGCCUUGCUUCUUUACUAAUUCACAAAAUGACAUAAGCAAGACUGGCUCAACUAACCAUCAAAUACUCUAAUACCAGGUUCAGACACCCUUAAAAGAUAUGCAUCUGGAACAGUAAUAAAAGUAUAGAAGGGUUUUCAGUCCCUAGCUUGUUUCUUUUCAGUUGCCCUUUAUGAUACACAGGGAAUAUGAAGACAGCAUUCCUCUUAUACAACCAGGAAUAUGCAGCAAGGCUUUGUUCUCCCAUACAAAUAACAAAUAACAAUUGCAUGAUAGCUUUUCAGAAUCUUGCUUGUUGGUAAAAAUUUUUUUGAAUUUAUCUUGGUUUGUGUCCAGUUCAGUUUUUUAUCAGAGGAUGGCAAAAAUAUUACAGUAAAAUCCCUCUUAUCUGGCAUCAACGGGACCGCUGACAUGCCGGAUACUUGAAUAUUAUUGGAUACUUGAAUAGAAGUGAAAUUAUGUCCACAAUCACCACCCUACACUCACACAUCUUACCAUAACAAAGAUCAGCUGAUCUGAUCAGCUGCUUAAGUGUAAGCACAACAUGCUUCCUCUUUUCUACAACUUUAGGCAUGAUGAAGGCGUCAGGCGAUAAACAGUGCACAUGUGGUACUGAGUCACUGAGUAAACACAGUGCAGUGGGCCAUGGGUGGCGCAAAGCAGUGCGCUCUGGUGGCGAGGGGACAAAGUAUGCCUCGUGUGGGAAUUUUAACCAAUUUUAUAAGUACACAUUGAUUUUUUAUUGAUUUUAAGGCUCGGGGAAAAAUGUUCCGGAUACUUGAAGCUGACGGAUACUCGAAUGCCGGAUGAGAGGGAUUUUACUGUACUCAAACUUGAGAAUGACUGAUACAUAAUUCUAAAACUAGUUUGGUUUUUAUGUCCAGUUUUCCAAGUCUAUCAGGGCUAUGAUGGUGCCUCCUAAUGAAGGACCAUGGUUUUGGCAUUUGGGAACUGUUACUCCAAGUGGAUGCCCUUCCUACCCUCGGACUGUGGCCAAGAUUUCAACUUGUGUGCCUGAGGAUCCCUCAGCCCCCAAAGCACACACAUUCCUACUGUACUACAGUGGUUGCCAACCCUAAAUCUACUUCACAUAACUAAAAUUCUACUUCAUUAGAAAUAGUAUACCUCACUUUCUUUAAAUUCAGGCAGUAAUUAAGUUCAGUAUUUUUUUGCUACAACUUAUGAAAAAGGACUGGAGGCACAAGGAAGUUAAAACAGUGUCAGGAACAUGCAAAGUGGUGCUGGCAAUUCUAACACCACUAAUUUUUCUAAACCUAUGAAGAAAAGGUGGAGUACAUCCAGGAGAUAAACAAUAUCAGGUAAAUACAUUAUAUAUACAUGCAUACAUAUAUACUUUUCACACAAAACAUGUUUGGGUGCUGCAAAUAAUACUUUUAAAGUAUUUCUGAAAUAUAAGCUGAUACAUCCUAUAAUUAUACCCUUAAAUUUUUGGAAACAAGGGAAGGUAGAGGCUGUAGAAAAUCUCAGUAAUUACAUCCAUCUGAAAUAUGAGAUGUCUCAACAAGGGUAAUAACAUGCAGCAUGCAAUGAGAAUGAAAUUAUAUAUGCAUGAAACAAGUAGUUGUUCUAUUGACUGUAGUGGUGCUCUUUAUUAUGAAAGAUUGUUUAUACUAAGUACUCUACACAGUACAUUUGUGUAGCAGUUGUAUAAUACUCUGAAGAAAAGACAAUUCUAAGUUG